AUCUAUAGGAACUACUUCCUAGCAGAUAUAUACAUAAACAUUGAUGUAGCAGUUCUUUUCAGUAAAUAAGCUGCGGUUAGCCAUGGUUCAGCAGUAUCAAUCGCCCGUAAGGGUGUAUAAAUACGCCUUUGAACUAGUUAUGGCGGCUUACGAAAAACGUUUUCCCACCUGCAAAAUGAUUCCAGUAUUUUUAGGAAGUGAUAUUAUUAAUGAUCAAAAGUCAUCAGAUGGUGCUGUACACGUUGUACAAAGGAGAUGUCGUCUUAACGUCGACGCUCCAUAUAUCUUAAAGAAGAUUGUUGGAGUGGAUCAUGUGGUCUUUAUGCAGAAAAAUACCCUAGAUAGAAGGUCGAGAACGUUAAAAAUCGAAGCAAGAAAUGAAAGUUUUUCAUCAAGAAUAUCAGUAGUAGAACAUUGUUUAUAUUCUGUUCAUCCAGAUAAUCCUGAAUGGACGUGCUUUGAACAAGAUGCAAGUCUUGAAAUCAAAUCUUUUUUCGGAUUUGAGAGUACAGUUGAAAAGAUAGCCAUUAAGCAAUACACAGCAAACAUUAAAAAGGGCAAAGAAAUCAUAGAGUUUUAUAUUAAAGAGUUAAUUGAUGAAGGCGUUACUCGUUUACCAAUUUGGCAGCCGGAGACUGAAGCUCCUAAAGGAUCAGAUGCAACACUAUCAUCGACAGAGUCAACACCGAGGAGAACUCUGAAUAGUAACGGUGAUGAUGAAGAAGAGACGUCAAACUGCGCUCCUAAAUUGGAAACUGAAUACAUACAUAGAAUACUAGGUGAUUUGACACCUUACCAAGAAAGUAAACUAGUACAGUUGAGAAGUUGGCUGCAGGCCAGUGAUAAAGGAAAAGUUCCUAGCGACGUGCAUCUUUAUCGGUUUUUGAAAGCUCGUGAUUUUCAAGUUGAAAAAGCAAGAGAAAUGCUUUUCCAUUCUCUGUCAUUUCGAAAAAAACAUUCAGUUGAUAAACUCCUAGACAGUUAUCAACCGUCACCAGUAAUUGCCCAAUAUUACUCAGGUGGAUGGCACUAUCACGAUAAAGACGGAAGACCUUUGUAUGUAUUGCGGUUGGGGCAGAUCGAUGUUAAAGGUUUACUGAAGAGCGUAAAUGUCGAUGGUAUUUUGAGACACGUUUUGGCCGUUAACGAAGAAGGACUUAAAAGAGCUGAGGAAGCAACUAAAGCGCUUGGUAGGCCCGUAACGGAUUGUACUUGUAUAGUUGACCUGGAAGGUUUAUCUAUGCGUCACGUCUGGCGUCCGGGUAUCCGUGCUCUUUUGCGUAUUAUCGAAGUAGUCGAAGCUAAUUAUCCCGAGACCAUGGGUCGCUUAUUAAUUGUUAGAGCUCCUCGCGUGUUUCCUGUAUUGUGGACGCUGGUUUCGCCAUUUAUCGACGAGAACACACGCAAUAAAUUCCUCAUCUACGGUGGUAAUGACUAUCAAGGUAGCGGGGGACUAGUAGACUAUAUAGACCAAAAAUUUAUACCAGAUUUCCUGGGUGGCCAAUGUUUAUGUGAUGUACCCGAAGGAGGCCUAGUACCCAAACAUCAUUAUAGGACUGCUCAAAUGGAACAAGAACUAGAAAGAUCUGAUGCACCGGCUGAUGAAAGCUCCUUCGACGUGAAAGGUUUAUACCAUAUUGCAUAUAUUCAAAAGGAUUAUCAGCACGAAGUUCUAAUUCAUGUUCCACAAAAAUGCUGCGCGAUUACUUGGGAUUUCGAUAUUCUUAAGGGUGACGUCACCUUUACCCUAUUAAGAAGUACCCUACCGCUGGCCGGUUCAGAACCUCACGAACACCAUGUAAGUGGUGCAGUAGGCGGUAUAGGAUCAACUCAAUACACUGAUAAGCAUAUGGUAGUUGGAGUAGAUCUGAGAAUUGUAGAGGCACCUCUCAUUUGCAGAGAAGGUGAUAGCGUUCAGGGCUCUCACGUUUCUAGCGUUCCUGGUAGCUAUAUUCUUCAAUGGAAAUAUUUUGAUUCGAAAAAUUCAUUCGAUCUACUAUCAAUGAAUAAAAGUAAGGUUAUGUAUUAUACGGAGCUUUUACCGUCCGAUAAGUUUAGGGGUUCGAUGACGUCACUCCAAUCCUGCCAUUCGGGUUUCUCUCAAUUAAGCGGUACGACUUCUCAUAGUGGCCAUUCUAUUGUUACUCAUUCAUCGUGUCCAUCCAAUUAG